CACAAGGCGGUGAAAAUGGAAAAGAUUUCCCGGCAUCUUUUUGUGUUCCCGUACAUUUCUGAUUUUAAGUUGAUUUGCCAUUGAAUUCGACAGUAUUCUGUGUGCAAGAUGCUGGCAUCAGUGAAAGUAAACACUUAAGCCCAGAUUCGGUUGACACAUUCGGUCAUCACAUUGGAUCCGCUGUCACUGGCCAGAUAGUGGGUUGCUUUUUUUGUGCGUCCAUCAAGACCAUGAGUGUAGCCACUGGCAGUGAAUCCAUCAGAAAGAUGCCGACAGGUUCAUCAAGAAGAAAAGCAAGGGUGCCUCUGCACAUUACGAGGCAGCCGGUCAUUGAAGACGGCCCAGCAAUGGACUUGGAGGAGGAAGGGGAAGAGAACCCUGCCUUCUUUGAUACAGAGCUCCCUGGCACCAGCAGCAAAGUCCAGUGCAAUGGGAUGGGCAACGAUAUGGGGAAUCCAACAGCAGAGGUGAUAAAGAAUGAUAAAGAAGAACCUGAACUUCCUGAGGGCACGGUCAUUGUCCAGCCAGAAGCUGUGAUUGACGACCUUGAGUUUGAGGGGCCAGAGUUCAAGGCUAGAAGCAGAAGCAGACGGGGUGCCCACAAAGAUGUGAUUAGCGACAUAGAUAGAGUUCACUGCACUUCUUGUAGCAAGCAGGUCAAUCAUCUGGACGAGAGGUCGUUCAAGCAACACCCAGCCUUGAAGGUCGUAAUCUGUCGGAAAUGCUUUGAGUACUACAAGAGUGGAAAGUUCACACAGGAUGAGGACGGCAUUGAUGAACAGUGUCGCUGGUGUGCGGAGGGAGGCAGCCUCAUUUGCUGCGAUUUCUGCUCCAACGCCUUCUGCAAGAAGUGCAUCAAGCGCAACCUGGGCCGCAGCACCCUCUCGGCCCUACUCAGCGAGGAGGACACCAAGUGGCACUGCUACAUCUGUGAUCCCGCCCCCCUGCAUACCCUGCAGAAGAUGUGUAAGGACAUCAUGCAGGGCCUGGCUAAUUCUGUGGAGGCUGCCAAAUCGCGCCACGCCCAUCUCAGGGAUGGCGUGGGAUCAAUGGAGCUUUCGGAUAGUGACGGGACUCAUGGAUUGCUUCACCCGAGCAUCAGGAGCCUCAGUGUCAGCCUUCAGAUAAAACCCGAAUGCCCGAGCUUGGAGAUCACCCAGGAGGGUCUCAGGGUCCUCAGGCCACAGGGAGGGGAUCGACAUGGACUCAAGAUGGCGCUCUGGCUAAUGCGCAGCCUCCAACAGACCUCACAGAAAGGCCAGAAGGCUAUCAAGAAACAACUGGCUGCCAUGCCGGCCACCGGCAAAGCUUGGAAAGCCUCAGAAGAUAUAGUGCAAUCUGCUGACCAGAAAUGGGUUGUGAUGAAGACAGGAAAAUUGAGCUCAAAGAAAUCCUUGCCACAAGAGAAUGCACAAACCUCUCCAAGUUCCAAGACCAAAAAUUGUCCAACAAAUCAUCUCAGUAACAAAGUAACUGUUACGGAGGAAACCCAUCCAUCAGCCAGUGAUUUCAAGAGAGAGAUUGCUUUGGAGUCAUCUACCCCCAAAAAAGACAAACCGAUGGAUGAAGAGAAUCACGGAGGCGAUAAGAAUGAAAAAGCAGAUUGGAAGUCAUUGGAACUAAAAGAUAUCAGCAAAAUAUCUAUGAGGACAAGGCCAAAUAAGGACAAAGAACCUGAAGAAAAUGAGCCGACGUUCAUGAAAGUUGAUCAGGGUAAUGACCUAGAGGCUGUGGAGGGCAAAAAUAAUGAAGAACCAGCAGUAAAUGAAGUAUCGGAGCACAAUAAAGACACAGAGAAGACAAAGGAUACUAAUGGGAAAACAAGUAAGAAGGAGGAAAAUGAUGUGGCAGAUGUGGAGGAGCGUAGUCAUUAUGAUGUAGAAUGUGAGAAAGCACUCAUGGAGGAAAUCAGUGAAAUGGUGUCUGACCAAUCAGAAGAGCCCUCGACUCCAAAGAUGCAGAGGCCUGACAGGAAGCAUCUAACAAGUAUCACGCCGCUGCGCAUCAAACUGGAAAAGAUCCCGCCGUCCAGAUUAGAACAGUCUACAAAAGAGCGGUGUAAAUCGCCGCGGCGGCAGAAGACAACGCCCAGAAGCUCGAGGAGCGGCUCUGUGAAGCAAGAAUCGGAUGUGUCGGAGGACAACAAAGACGAGCCUGCUGCGAGAAAGCCAAAGGAGAAGCCCAUCCUCAAGGAGUUGUUUGAAAAGAAAAGUGACUCCGGUGACAUUGAAUCCUCUGAUACUAGCGAGAGCGAACUGGAAGACAUAGACUGGAAGAGUGCGCCCAGAAGAUCCACUCGAAGGCAGCAGAAAGAAGGCAACAAUGACCAACAGAUGGAGAGGAAACAGGUGCAGAACAAGAAAGUGAACAAGGAAAAGGAAGAUAAGAAAAAGAGCAGUUCUAAGGAUUCUGACUUGGAAGUAGAUUGUCAGAAGACUACUGACUGUAAGAAGAAGGUGCAUGAGGGUCCCAAGGGCCCUGGCAAGGACUCCAGCAAUCUGGAGGACAACGAUUCUGAUGAGAUUGAGCGUCUCCUCUCUCCAAGGAAGUCCAAGCACACAUCGAGCCGCCGAUCAUCCAGACUGAAGCUGAUGCCAAAGGCGGCCACCAAGUCGAAAGCGAAGACCAAGAAUAAAGUCCGGGAUUCGGAUUCAUCCAACUUUGACUCAGACCUGGAGAGGAAGAUCAACAACCUGACCAAGGCGCCCAAGGUUACCAAGAAAGAGCAAACAGACCAAGAGGAAAGCAUGGAGGAAGGCUCUGGCCCUGAGGCAUCAGUCAAGGUUGAGUUCGGCAGUGAUGCAGAAUCUAGCAAAGAAAAAGCAGGAAAAAGCACUUCAACAAAAUCCAAGAAGUCCAAGAAUAAUUCAGGUUUAGAAGACGAAACCAAAACCAAGAAGCUAAAGGCUAAAAAGUCUAAAAAAGUGGAGGGCAGCUCAGACUCUACCCGUGAAUCAGAGGAUGAGACUUCAGAAAAUGAUGAGGGUCAAGUGGGAGAUGAUGUUCAGGUCCUUGGGAUCAGUGCAGCUGAUGGUGAUGUUGCUCUGGGUAGUGACUUGGAAAACAAACUCGCUGAACAAAAGCUGAUGGAAGAAAUAGAGGCUGAACUGGACAAGGAUGAUGGAACAGAUGAUGAGGAAGAUGAUAGCAGUGAUGAUGAGGACUCUGAUGCAGGUCCCAAAAAGAAGAGGAAAGGGAAGAACACCGCGAAAGAUGACAAAGAUGAUGAUGACGAGUUCAAAACUUCUUCCAAUGAAGAAGAUGAGGAAGAUGAGACUGAGUAUGAAGACAACUACACGUCAGAUGAUGAGAAGCCAUCCAAGAAAAAGCAAGGCAGAUGUCAUCGCCUUAUGAGAGUCAAACUGGGAGAAUCCAGCAGCGACGAUGGCAUGGGCAGUGAUGUCUCAGGCUCGGACUCCAAAAAGAGAAAGAAAUCCCAACAGGGCAGGAAGCGCAUUCGGGACAGCCGCAGCACCUCAGACAGUGAGUCCAUCCAGGGGAAGCCAAAGAAAGGAAAGAAGCGAGGACGUCAUAGGAGGUCCUCGGACAGUGACAGUUCGAGCAGAGGCUUCCAGCAGGAGAGAAGCUACAGGCGAGGCAAAGGGAAAGGGAAGAAGAGGCGUCGAAUCAAGGUGGCUGCGGACUCGGACUCAGACUCGGAUUCAGGCACAAAGAAGAAGAAAGGAUCUACAAGUUCAGACGAAGAGAAAGACACACCCAGCAAACAUGGCCGCAAGAAGAUCCGCAAAUUGAUUUCCAAGGAUAAACUACAGGAGGAAACAGUUCGGGCAGCUAAAGAAGAGAGAGAACGCAGGAAACGCAUCGCUGAGAAACGCAAACUGGUGACUGUGGUAUCUGAGGAGGCAGCCGAAACCAUGGGAACAGUGGAUGAGGUCAUUCUAGAGCAAGAUGCAAAGACAAAGGAUGUCUUACUGGCUGUGGAUGAAUCUAUUGCCAAGCAGCUCAAACCUCAUCAGGUUGAAGGGGUGCAGUUCAUGUGGGACUGCACUUUUGAGUCCAUGGAGAAACUGGAGGAGAAAGGUUCAGGCUGUAUCCUGGCUCACUGCAUGGGACUAGGCAAGACACUUCAGGUAAUUACCUACCUACACACCGUAAUGACCAAUGAGAAGAUCAGUAUGAAGCACGCCCUGGUUGUGGCCCCCCUCAACACCGUGCUGAAUUGGGUGGCUGAGUUUGAGAAGUGGCUAGGGGAGGACAGCUGCAUUGAGGUGUUUGAGAUCACCAGCUACAAGAAUAACUGGCAGCGGGCGGACGCGCUGAAGUACUGGCAUGACAACGGCGGGGUGAUGGUCAUGGGCUACUCCAUGUACCGCCAGCUCUCCAUGCACAAGUUUGUCAAGAACAAGAAGCAGCGGGCCAUCUUCACGCAGGCGUUGGUCGAUCCGGGUCCGGAGAUUGUCAUUUGCGACGAAGGUCACAUGUUGAAGAACGAUGCCUCAGCCAUAUCUAAAGCUCUGAACUCCAUCCGGACGCUACGACGUGUCUGUCUGACUGGCACACCACUGCAGAACAAUUUGGUUGAAUAUCACUGCAUGGUGGACUUUGUCAAGCCCAAUCUUCUGGGUACCCGCAAGGAAUUCCUGAACCGUUUUGUCAAUCCCAUCACCAACGGGCAGUGUGCUGACUCCACCCCUAGGGAUGUCAAGCUGAUGAAACGACGAGCCCACGUUCUGCAUGAUUUGCUUAGUGGUUGCGUGCAGAGGAAAGACUACAGUGCUCUCACCAAGUUCUUGCCCCCCAAGCAUGAGUACGUGAUUUCGGUGCGUCUGAGCCCGGUUCAGAUCAAGCUUUAUGAGCUUUACCUUCAGUUCCAGUCUCGCAACGACAGCGGCCAGCUGACGGAAGGGUCCAGCAAAGGCUCGGGCACCGGCCUGUUUGCCGACUACCAGCAGCUGAUGCAGAUAUGGACCCACCCCCACGUGCUGAAGCUCAGCGAGAUUCGACAGGAGAAAAUUCAAUCCCGCAACUACAUGCAUGAGAUGUCAGACUUUGUCACGUCGGCCUCUGAGGUCUCAGACAGCAACGACAGCAUCCAACAGUUUGUGGUAGAGGGGAGUGAGCCGGAGGAGGUCAUGGAGGAUGAUGACAUGCCGUCAACAUCAACUGGCAACCGAGGGACACGGAGGACAAGGGCUAUUCUUCAGCAGCAAAUGAUGAAGCAGGAAAAAGAAAUGGACCAGCCACAGAGGAAGAAACCCAACAAAGGCUCUGGCGAGUCAGAUAGCAGCAUGGAGAUCAUCAAGACUUGGAGUACUAGGAGCAGGUGUAGAGACCCAGAUCGUGAGAACAUCACCAGGUCUCCAUCCCCUAACCAGCCCACCUCCAAGCCCAAGUGGUUUGACGAGUACCUACAAGAGGGAGAUGACACCAAGAUUGAGCUGAGCGGCAAGCUGGUGCUUCUCUUUGAGGUCCUCAAGCAUGCAGAAAGCAUUGGAGAGAAAGUCUUGGUGUUCAGUCAGAGUCUGCUGUCUCUGGAUCUGAUUGAGGACAUGCUGCAGAGCCUUGAGGACAAGGCACAGGUUGAGCGGGAGGAAGGUAGCCAGGAUCUGUCCAAUCAGAUUGGAGGCAUUGGCUCCUGGGUUAAAGGUGAGGAUUACUUCCGCAUGGACGGUUCAACCAAUGCAGCAUUCCGCAAAGCGUGGGCCACAACCUUCAAUGAUAUGAAGAACUACAGGGCACGCCUGUUCUUAAUCUCUACAAAAGCCGGUUCCCUGGGCACCAAUCUCAUUGGGGCCAAUCGCGUCAUCAUCUUCGAUGCCUCUUGGAACCCCAGCCAUGAUAUUCAGUCCAUCUUCAGGGUGUAUCGCUUUGGCCAGACGAGGGCGGUGUACAUCUACAGAUUUGUUGCACAGGGCACCAUGGAAGAAAAAAUCUAUGAACGACAGGUCACGAAGCAGUCACUGUCCUGUCGAGUAGUUGAUGAGCACCAGAUAGAGCGUCACUUUACAUCAACAGACUUGUCUGAGCUGUAUACCUUCACGCCAGAGCGGCUUGAUGACCCUAAUGUGCCGGAGAGAGAGACCUUUGUAUUGCCCAAGGACUACGUCCUAGCAGAGAUGCUGAAACACAAAGACAAGUGGAUCGUCAAGUACCAUGAGCACGACUCACUCCUGGAGAACAUUGAGGAGGAAGAGCUGACGGAAGAGGAGCGCAAGAAUGCCUGGAAGGAGUACGAAGAUGAGAAGGAAGGCAGGAUCCGUAUGGCCAUCGACCCUCGCCUGCUGCAGAGACAGAACUUAAACCAACAGGACCUGGCUCAGCUACAGCAAAUGUGGUAUGGUGGAAUGACUCCGGGGAUGUUCAUUGGCUCUAAUGCAAUGCAGGCAGCUCUUCUUAGCAACCAGCGACAACAUUACAACAUAAUACCAACGUCAAGUAUGAAUCCCUCCUCCAUGAUGCAACAGUUGGCCUUGACAGCAGCAUCAACAGAUAACUAUCAGCAAUUUCAGCAGAUAUUGUAUAAUCAGCGAAUGCUGCAGUUUAGGCAGCAGCAACAGCAGGCCUACCAGAAACAACAGCAGGAGCAGCAACAACAGCAGCAGCAGCAGCAACAACAGCACCAGGACAUGGCCCGUAUGCGUUCAGGACUGAUCAUGGAUGACAUCAUCAUGCAACAGCUGUGUAAGCCCACCAGCACUGUGGCCAGCACCUCCAAGUAUGUGCUCCCCACACAGACACCGUCCAGCAUGCACGAGAAGCUCCUGCAGGGGCUGAACUCGGCAGCAACGAUAAGCGCUGACAAACCGGGCCAGCCGGUGGGGGGCGGAAAUUGGGGUGGUGCUGGGGGAGGGAAAAGUGGACCAGGGACUUCUACUGGGAGUGCGAAAUAAUGGUUCCCCGCAAUGAUGAACGUUGUAUGUAGCAUGGCUAUUUAUUGUUGACAAUACUGCAUGUUAUUUGAACAAUCAUUUAGGGGAUAGGUUUUUUGUAAGGAUGAUCAGAACUUGGGAAAGCUAGGCCUAAGCCUAGUUGGAUGCUUUGAUGCAUAAGAAGAUGGAAACUCCACACUUUAAGAGUUAGUAUUUAAAUAUAUUAUUUGUGUUCAGGUAAUCUAAGUUACUUAAAUUUUAGGUUAUGUGAGAGGUGGUGUCAUUCCUCCCAAAUGGCAGGAAUCAUAAAGUGGACAAAUGCUGCUCAAGGACUGUUGAGAAAUUGACAAAAACCUGACACUCAGAUGCUUGUAGGGUGGGGGUCAUUUCUGCAUUAGGAUAAAAAGGCAGCUGUAUAUUGCUACACAUGCACACCAACAUUGCUUCACUAAUGGUUGUUAUGAUGAACACAGCUAUAUGUAUUCACAUGGAUGAUUCAUGGUACAUGAAGUGUUGCAUAUUGCUUGUUCCAAAGUCAAGUGGACCAUGUAACUUUUUUAUGGUUGAAGUUCAGGAUAAGAACUUUGUCUUUUGCUUGGUAGCUGCGUAUCCAUAAACCACUUCACAUCUUAAUCUGUCCAGUUUUCUCAUUGUGGGUAAAUAGUGAUAUGGUGGGAUAGUGUAGCAAAGAGAUAAGCUUGCCCGACAGAUCAUUCAGUGUCUUUCAUGUGACAUCUGUGUACCCCCACAGACUCAAGGAAGCGCAUGUGAGCUGUGCAGAUUUUUAGGUCUAUAAUUGAGGGAACCGAGUAACUGGCAAAGCAGUGAUACGUUCAGCCCUUGACAUGUGCUCAGUGUGUGGACUGAAAAAAAAAAGCCAAGGAUUGGACUCUUUUCUUGGACCAAAUGCUGAUAUAAAAUAAUAAGGAAUUUGCAGGCGUUGUCGUUAAUUGUAUUCCAAUUUUAUCCACAUGUGGAGUGAAUUGGUAGGAUUCUACUUACUCUGAUACAGAAUAAGAAAGUAUUUGUGUCUACCUCAUUGCUUCACAACUUGUCCAAACUACUGGUGUUAAGUUAUACUUCCACAAGAAGGAAAAUCGCCACAAAAUGUAAAAACCAGUGUUCUUUUAUUUGGGUGGGGGGGGGGCUGUUCUGGAAUCGAGCACCUUGUUUGAGGUCCCAUUGUCCUUUUCAUGCUUAAUGGGACAAAGACCAGUAUUAGCCAAUAACUGCUGUAAAGGUGAGAGAAUUUGUUUCUGUUCCAACUUUUCACCUUCUCUGUUUUUUUUUCUUUUCUUUGCUUUUUUGGUUCGUUUUUGCGAAGUUACUGAAGUGACUUGUAUCAUUGCAGGCAGUGCUGUAUGGCGUGUUGUGUAUCAAACCAUUGCGCUCUCUUGGAUGGAAUAACUGUUACCUCAGUGUGUCCAAACGAAGUCAAAGCACUAGAUAAGUAAUCAAUGUGUAAGUUUUCAUGCCAGGACGGCGCAUGGGAAGUAAUGUUCUGGAAGGAAGAAUCUCACUGUAGCUUUUGCAGCGCUGGUGACAAAGAUGGAGAUUUAUGUAAUGUAUUUAAUCCUAAUUAAUGUGAGGAAUGUGGCUGUUUAUGAUUAGACCUGUGGUUGUUAAAUAGAAAUUUGUUAGAAUUGGAGCUUGAUAUUGUCCCCAGCUACGCUUUGUCAAACCCACAUUAGAUGUUGGGCCCAACUAGUGUUGCAUUUAGUCAAACUACAAGAAUGCGCUGAUAUGUCGACUGCGUUGUGCAGAGUUUUGGAAGGUUUCUUGCCAACAAUCCAAGUGUAUCUGAGAUAUUCAGCAUCUUAGGCUGAAAUUUUUUUAGAGUGUUAAAAAAGUAAGUCUAAUAAAUUAUCGUCUUAAAAAAUAUUGUAAAGUUUAGGACUUUCCCUCCAGACUACCUUGAUGAGCAGUGAGUUAUUUGUCAGAAAGUCUUAGAAAUGAUAUUAUGGAAAAGUCAUGGAUUUGUCAUGAAAACGUCGCCAAUGCAUGCUACAGGAUUUCUAUGAGAAAUCACUCUGUUGUGACCAGUUUCUAUAAUACUUGGCACUAGGUGGUUUGUUUUUGCCAUAAGUUGGUUUGGAACAUUAAAGUGAUUCAUUUCAAUACUGCAAACCUGUAACUUGUCUUCAGACUUCACCAGCCAAUUGAUGAUGUUAUAUUAGCAGACCUUGAAAGUUGACCUGAUCCCGUAAGAUCUGAAUAAUUAUAUUGAAAUUGGAGCAGUCCUGUAAGAGUUGAGUAUUCUAGAUUUGCACCAGUUCUUCAGAAAACCUGAGGUAUUGUACCCGUGGCAGAUGACCUUCUUUUACAAAUGUAUUUUUGAUCAAUAUGUGCUUUUCACUGAUGGACAGUACCAGUACGGAAUUGAUCUGUUAAAAAUGUACGUCAAGCAGUGUUCUGAAACAUUAUUUUGAGGUUGAGCAUUUACCUGAAAAUGCAUAAUCACUCCAAAAUUGAACAGAAAAAAUAUAAUACAUGAACAGGCAGCAGUAUCUUUUGCGGCAAUAUCUGCGAGUACCGUUAGGAUUGAAAAAGAUGCUGAAUUCAUUUUCUUAACUUUGAUGAGGUGCAAGAUUUGUAUCUUGACAGGAAAAAAUAAAUUUGGAUGUACUUGGGCAGACUCUUCCCAACUCGCCCUGCCCUGACCCUAUCGUUGUAUCCACUGUAAAGGUGGGUUUUGUGCUGAGCAUCUGUGUGACAUAAAGCAAAUAUAUUUAACCCAAAGUAAAAUUUAAAUCACAUUCAAUGUAAGGUUGUUGUUGUUUUUUUUAAUUUUAUGCCAGGAAACUUGUGUAUUUUUUUCGUGGAACUUUUAUCGACAUUUAAAGUGUGUUUGUUUUAAAUAUUGCUCAGCUGUAUCAUGUAAAAAAUACCUAGAUAGUGAAUGUGGCCAAUAAACACAUAUACAUGUUUAAGCAUGUACAUUGAAAA